AUGGUCGACGUUGCGCCUCCACUCGAGAGCAUCGCAGAAGAUGACCUCUGCCCCAUCUGUCACCUCCUCCUCAGCUCCCCCGUGCGGACGACAUGCGCCCAUAUCCUCUGCCGCGCCUGCAUGGCGCAGUGGGCCUCAGCCUCGCAGACGGUGCCCAUGCACCCGUCCUCCCUCGACAUGGACAUGCGCGACUUCAACCCCGAAUUCGACCCCACCUACGACCUCGAAGCGCGCUGCCCCAUGUGCCGCACGCCCACCACCGCCCAACCCGACGCCCCGCUCGCGCGCUCCCUCGAAGCGAAGUACCCGCAGACCUACGCCGAGAGGCAAGCAGAAGACGAUGCAGCGAGAAUCGUCGUCAGCGGCGAAGGUGUAGAAAACGUCGCCAUAUUGAUAGGCAACAGACACGCGCUUGUUGGCGGCAGGGACGAGCCCGGGAACAAGCACGACUGGACGUUCUUCGUGCGGCUGAGCAGACCCGACCUCGUCUCGCACGUCAAAGUCAAUCUGCACCCCACGUUCCGGCCGCCGUCGCUCGUGUUGCACGAUCCGCCAUUCGAAGUGCGGAGACUGGGGUGGGGCUACUUCAGCAUCGGGGCCACGGUGGUGCUCAAAGAGGGCUGGGAGUGGAUUGGCGGGAGCGAGGUGAGGGGGGAGCUGAGCGAUAGGAAAGGCGCGCUGGGUCUGGAGUGGAUGUUGGAUUUCGGGGGGGAUGGAAAACAGGGGCGGAUAAGGGCGGGGGUGAGGAGGGUCGGCGGGUAUGCAGAUGAGGCGGUGGAUAGCGGCGUGGAGAGUCCGCUGAGGGAACCGAGUCCCGUGGAGGAGGGGAGCCCGGUCAGAGAGGCAAGUCCCGCGCGGUGGCCGCAUAUGGAUGAUGAACACAUGUUUAGGUAA